CAAUACCGCGGCAUGCAACUAGGCCUUGACCUUGUUCUCCUUAGUUGCAAGUCCACCCUCAACUCGCAACUACGCUUGAUUUUUCUGUCCAAGUGGGAAGUCCACCCUCGACAUGCAACUAAGCUUGAUUUUUUUGUCCAAGUGGGAAGUCUACCAUCGACACGCGACUAGGGGGUCCAGCUCCUUUUUUUGUCCUAGUUUCAAUCACCGGCAAUGAACGAGCACCCUUGAGCACAUUGUUGAAACAUUCAACCAGGUUGCUCGUCAUGUCGCCAGAUCGCCUACCUCCAUCGUCAUGAGCGCGUGCCCACUUGUGCUUCUCAUUGAAAUUCCUAGUUCGUUUUCCAGGAAAUUGCCUGGUCUGUUCAUUUUACACCGGUCUUUAGUGCUUACAGAACCACCCCGGUCCUGAUUUCUUUUUUCUUUUUGAACUACGGUUUGGUUGUCGGUCGGAGAAAACACAGAGUCAAAACAAACGGACAAAAGAAAACAACAACACAAGUUUCUAAAAAAAAGAGGAACAAUCAACCUAUGACAUCACUUAGAUGUGACAUCAUCUAUAUGUACAGACACACAUUCAUAUGUUAGGCUUAUGCAUAUGUCAAUUAUUUGUGAGAUCAUUACAAACAGUGCGAGGUUACUCAGUACACAAUUACGAUGUACUACUAUAAGAGCAUUAUAGACUUCACAUGUCAUAAAUAAGAAAGUAGUCUCAAAUCAUAUAUAAAAACCGAAAGAAAAUGGCGAGUAAUAGGCGCCGGCGGACCGGCUGGAGGUUCGGCCGGUCGCGUACGGGCCCUAGGAUUAGAUUGAUGUCAGGCCUUAGAUCCGUCAGUUAACCCCCACAGAAACACAUCUUCUCCAAAACGCCCACUCCUCUCUUAUCCAUCCAGCGCACGCGCUUGCCGUCGGAAAAAAACCUCCGCCAGAAGAAAUCGGGCCACCGGCCGGCGUUACUCGGCAGCAGCACCGCCCCUGGCUCAUUGGCCAGCGCCACUUGCACCAGCGCCGCCGAAGAUUAGUAGCAUCUACUGGCGUCGCGUAGCAGCCAUCCUCGUUGCCGGUUGCAUCGCCGCUCGCGUCGGAGCACCGUGUCCCCGGCCGCAGCACCGGCGAACGCCCCCGCUGUCCUUGCAGCUAGCUGCAACGCUCGCUACCGUCGUCGCAUCUUUUUCAUCUAGAGUUGAAGCAUAUUGCGUGCGUCACCGUUCGUAGCCCCAUGCGUCACGGCUUGUAGCAAUCGGCUGCCGGCAUGGUCGUGGUCCGGUUGCAAAUCUCCACAGUCAACGCUCGCACCCCCAUGGAUGCAAAAAAAAGCGGGACGGAGGAGGUCGUUCGAGGGAAAGGGAGAGAGAGAAGGAUGGAGGAGGUUCUCCAGCAUAGUAUGGAGUCAUGGGGAACCAGCGCCGGGUAGAUGCACCAUGGGCGAGAUGCACAUGAACUCCAGAGGAUGAAGAAGAUGACUCAGCGUUCGUGGAAGAAGAUAAAUAAAGUAUAAAAAAGGAGAUGCGGUGUGUUGGCCUCAUGGCACUUGGGCCUGCAGAUAAUAAGUGCGGCAGCUGCGUAGUCUGAUCCAACGAUGAGCGCGCGACCGGCGCAACGCUUAGCCGGUCGUCCGGCCUCAAACAUUUCCCAAAGAAAAUAGAGUAUUUCUGCAGUUCUAGCGACCCUAUCGAAUUGGUGCGUGUCGCCCCUCCUCCUCUGUCCCUCGCAGAGACGCGCCGCCGCAGCCCUCACCGGCGUCACCGCGAGCACCAGCUCGCUGCCCGUGCCGACCACCACCCGCUCGCCUUCUACUACCUGUCAUUCCUCCUCGACCCUCCUCGCCCUCACCCGCCUUCCUCUCCGAGACUCCGACCCGACCAGCACCUCCUCCUCCCCUCUCCCUUCAUGCGGCGGCGCGCUUCGACGGCCGACCGGCGCAUCCUCCCGCCUCCUCUACCUCCCCGCCGGCUUCCGCGUCGACCGCGACGACCUCGAGGUGCUCAGGCUGCUGUCUCUGUACAGGAGCUGGAGCAAGGGAAGGUGCUUGACCCCGUGCAGUACUUGGUUGGGGAUGGAGGCUCCGUUCAACGCCGCGCACAAGGCAAUGCGCUGCUCGGUGGCUAUGCCUAUGCGGAGUCCAUUGGCAGCAACAAUGAGUGAACUGACUGACUGGGAUGUGCCGGGAGGAGGAGCUCAUGUGGUGGCCGGAGCUGAGCGCGCCGAGGAUUUCAUCCUCACGAACAGGUGGCUCAGGAAGGUGGACCUGCCUGGCAGGAUCGCCUUCAUGAGCGUGCCUCGUUCAAGGGGACGAUCUCCGAGGCAGGGCCACGAGGAGGGGGCCAGGGAGCCGCUGCGCUUCUACCAGCAGAUCAAGGACAACGAGGACCUCGCCAUGCUCGUCGUGCCUCCCAAGUUUGUGGAGGUGAUGAACACCUGGCUGGUCAUCAAUCGGCUCCCGCGCGUGGUCAGGCUGUCGGCGAACAAGCGGUGCGUGUUCUGGAUGCAGGUCCAGAACUUCGAGGGGCACAUGGUGCUUGGCCGAGGCUGGAACUACUUCUGCCGCCGCCACCGGAUCGUCCCCGGCGACCUCGUCGUUGUGCACAUCUCAGGACUCUGACUGAAGGUUCAGAUCUACAACCACGACUCCUCGGUCAUGUGCAGGUUUCGUUGCAGCAAGCACAAUUGCGUUGGUAACAUCGAGCAGGCUAUGUAGUUAACUUAAGUAAGGUGUUAGUGGAGAACUUUUAUGGUGUGCGACGAGACUUGUGUUGGUAACUUGUUCAUAUUUUGGCCAGGAGCAGCAUCCUGGCAUGGAGCAGGGAAGGAGGAUGCCCCUGCUUUUAAUCUAGACUUAUGCUAUGUAGUUAAGUAGUUUGCUGUCA